AUGGCGCCUGAGAAAAAAGGUCCUUCGCUCAACAACUACUCAGGAAACCAUGUGUCGCAAACCGGGCUUCUUGCAGCCUUGCCAGCCUCCUGGGUGCCAUAUGUCCAACUAGCACGAUUGGUUCCGCCUGCAGGACUCUUUCUAAUUUACUUCCCACACGUAUUCGGCCUCCUUCAUGCGGCGGUACGAUUGAGAACUCCGCCUGAAGAGGUCGCAAGGGCCGCUCUCGUUCUUCUAGCCGGCUCAUUCUUCGUCUCCAAUGCAAUCCAUAUCUGGAAUGACCUGAUUGAUGCUCCGUUGGAUGCAAAGGUCACUCGAACAAAAAGCCGUCCAAUACCGCGGGGUGCCGUCACACCCUUUGCAGCUUUUGUCUACACUCUGACCCAGACCGCCGGCGCCGCGCUGCUGAUUCCUCUACUUUCCCCGUCUACCAUACAAGCCGCGCUGUACGCUCUACCCUCGAUUAUAGGAUGGAUAUAUUACCCAUGGGCCAAGCGUCACACAUACUAUCCGCAAUUUGUGCUUGGCUUCUGCCUCGCUUGGGGGAUUGUGAUGGGGGAGUUGGCUCUCGACGCGGAUCCACUUCUGACAAAGUUCGACGCGAGUGUUGAGGUCAAGGAAGAUAACUACGGUCGUAGGGCUGCAGUGAUCUUUCUUGUCAUCGGUGCUACAAUGUGGACAAUGAUCUAUGAUACUAUAUACGCACAUCAGGAUAUAGAGGAUGAUAAGCGCGAGGGCAUUAAAAGUAUCGCCGUUCUUUACGGCACUGCUGGUACGAAGCCUCUUCUGUGGCGACUCCUGGUUGCUCUCAUCUUGUCUUUAAUCGCGUGCGCUUGGUUUUCUGGUCUUGGUCUGUCCUUCUACACAAUUGCGGUCGGUGGUAGCAUUGGUGCCCUGGGCUCCCUGAUUGCAUUUGUUGACCUUGAAGAUGAGGAAAGCUGCUGGUGGUGGUUUAAAAAUGGCUUUUGGCUUGAGGGAGGUGCUAUUGUUUUGAGCCUUUUGGCCGAAUACAUCGUGCAAACCCUGUAA